AAUUAGCACAAGCACGAUGCAAUCAUGCAACUCCAUAUAUAUAUAUUCUCCUCAAAUGAGUGGAAUUGCCAUCCUUGAGCAGUGAUAACUACUCACUGGAGUAGAAUCGCUUCUCUGCUAUUGACAUCGCCCUGCAGCUAACUCUCUUCUCAUCAUCCAUGGCCACCAUCCCCACUAUCACUUCCGGCCCUGUUCCAUUCACGGACGUGGACGAUGGUACGGUGCCGAAGCGCCCAGCCAAGGAAGAGUUUGGGGACCUCGUGGCGGCUCUGCCGCGCAAGCAACAGGCCGGCCUGGAGCUGCGCCUGUACCAGGGCUUCUGGCUGCCGGAGCACUGGGUCGCGGGCACUGUCGUCUUCCAGCGCCGCUUCUCACCACGCCGCGACGACGUGAUCCUGGCCAGCUACCCCAAGUGCGGCACCACGUGGCUGAAGGCGCUGGCCUUCGCCACCAUGACGCGGGACGCGUACCCGGAGCCGGCGCAGCACCCGCUCCUCCGCCUCAACCCGCACGACUGCAUCCCGUUCCUCGACGAGAUCUUCGCCGAUGGGCAGGAGGCCAAGCUCGAAAAGCUCCCGUCGCCACGCCUCAUGAACACGCACAUGCCGUACACCCUACUCCCCGAGUCGGUCACCGGCGGCAACGUCAAGGUCGUGUACAUUUGCAGGGACCCCAAGGACAUGGUCGUCUCGCUGUGGCACUUCCUCCGGCGACGCCAGCCCGGCCUGUCGUUCGCCGAGCUGUUCGAGCACGAAUGCGACGGCGCCGUGGCCGUCGGCCCGAUCUGGGACCACGUCCUCACCUACUGGCACGCGAGCCUCGCAUGCCCCGACAGAGUGCUCUUUCUCAGGUACGAGGACCUGCUGCAGGACACGGGCAAUCACGUGAGGAGGCUGGCGGAGUUCGUGGGUCGGCCGUUCUCGGCCGCCGAGGAGAGCGCCGGCGCCGUGGAGGGCGUGGUGGAGCUGUGCAGCUUCGAGAAGAUGAAGGGGCUGGAGGUGAACAAGAAGGGCUCGUCGGGGGCAUACCACGCCAUGCCCCGUGACGCAUUCUUCAGGAAAGGUGUCUCUGGAGAUUGGGUGAACCACAUGACGCCAGAUAUGGCGACGCGGCUAGAUGAGAUCGUCGCCGCGCCCAAAUGUUGUCCCUGUGCCGAUGGUCACCACCGCUGCGAGGGCUCCGCUUGCGCCGCUUUUCGUGGCUGCUCAGCCGCCGAUCCUCUCGCCUCCCAUGUCCUAGCCGCCGGUUCGUCCGCUGGCCAGGAGGAAGACCCUUGCGGGCGCAGACAUCACCAGAACCGUAAGGUUCUCGCUGCGGAAAGCUGGCGACCGCAACAAGCAGCGCAAGGCGGCGACGCCGAUCGCGCGGAAAGCGGAGAUGAUGGUCUGCAAAGGUCUCGGCAUCAUCAAGGAUGGGAAGGAGGUCACCGAGUGGGCCUUGGCUGAAUUCGCGAGCCGGUUCAAAGGAAGGGUCGAAGAAGAUGUGAUCAAGGCGAUGAUGGCUCUGUUCAAAGUGGGAUCGGAGGAAGACGACACCUGCGAUGAGGAUAUGCUGGCACACAGAGGUACUGCGGCUCUGGACAUGGACGAGCCGGAGGCAGGAUCAGCUACGGCUGAAGUUUGAUUGUUGUUGUUGGCUUGCUGUAGGGUCUCGCUGUUUACCAUGUUAGCUAAACUUAUGAUUUCUAGUGGCUUCUUUGGGGCUGGUUGCUUGUUAAGGACUGCUGAGCAGUCCUGCUUCCACUUUGCUGCUCCUCUAUGGUGCAUGUAUGCCCAGACUUCCUGCCCAUAUAUGGCAAAGACUGUUGUUACCUUUC